AUGAAGACUUUAUUCACUAUGCACUUAGGUAUCCUGGUUCUGAUGAUGAUGACAGCAACGGCCCUUUCUUCGAAGGCGCGGACUGCAUCAACUGUGCCACAAGUUGGCAGUGAUGGCAUUUGCUACACUUACACUGUUGAGCCCCACGAUACUUGCACAAGUAUUGCUCUGGCAUAUGCAAUCACCGAAGCCGAAGUUGAGAAGUACAACAGUGACACAUGGGGUUGGACGGGUUGUGACAAUAUCUACCAAGGAGAUUUUAUCUGCCUCAGCUCAGGUGAUCCCCCAAUGCCCGUUGCCCUCCCUGCAGCCACUUGUGGUCCUCAGGUUCCAGGUACGGCGAGACCGAAAGAUUACUCGGAACUGUCUUCAUUGAAUCCAUGUCUCACAGGCAAAUGUUGCAUCAUGGGGGGCGUAUGUUCUACCUCAUGUAGCUCAAGCAACUGCAUCUCCGGCUGUGACAAAGAUGCAGAUCAAACAACGGCCAGCAAAGCGGAUGCCACCACUGCUGUCAAAUCGAGUACUACAGCUGAGCAUGCAUCAUCCUCAACCAGCACCACCAGUACCAAAUCCACAACUAAAUCCACAGCCACAACUGAGCAUACAUCGUCAACCAAGACCACCAGUAUCACAUCCUCAAUUAAAUCAACAACUACGACUGAAAAGAAAUCUUCAACCAAGACCACCACCGCGGUACCAGCUGCAACCGGAACUGGGCUUUGGACCCUUGCCGCCUACACAGGAACACAAUGCGAUGGCGAAUAUUUUGUGCUUACUGGGAACAGCUUAGCGGACAGUCGAUGUCUCAGCCUUCAUGAAGGUCUCAGCUUUGAGACAACAGAUGGCGUUAGCUGUGGAUAUUAUUAUGAUGGCGGUAACAAUUAUACCGAUUGUGAGAACAGUCCAAAAGAAGUGUGGGUAUAUUCGUGGAGUUUAACCGGGGGCACCUGUGUGGCCUAUACAGAUGGUUGUGGCACUUCUGAUUACAAUACUGUGGAUGUUCCCUCGGCUACUGGCUGUCAAGCUGAGGGAUACCUGCAUAAUAUGCACUACUAUAUGAUCUGGACCUCGUUGAUGUGCCAGGUUUCCUAG